AUGUUAUCAAUUUUAACCAAAAAGUACCCUCUGGUUCGGCGACGUUUGAUCUCAACAUUAUGGCGAUCAUACCACGCCACCAAUAGUAUCAAUGAUUCCAACCGAAAAUUGAAAGGCUAUGAAUUUUACGAAAAAGUAUUGGGUUCACCGAAAUAUAUCUUAGCGCCCAUGGUAGAACAAUCAGAGCUUGCUUGGAGACUACUAUGUAGACGUUACGGGGUCCAACUGUGCUAUACACCCAUGUUUCAUGCCCGUCUCUUUACAGACCCUGGAUGUGGAGAAAAAUAUCGAUUUGAACAAUGGUCAACCAGCCUUAUGGAUAGACCAUUGAUUGUUCAAUUUUGUGCCAAUGAUGUUGAUCAUUUCUUAAAAGCAGCCAAGAUGGUUGAGAACCAAUGUGAUGCCAUUGAUUUAAACCUCGGUUGUCCUCAAGCUAUCGCCAAAAAAGGCCACUAUGGAUCUUAUUUACAAGACGACUGGGAUCUGAUCAAUAAAUUAAUCUCUACUGCCGAUAAAGAGCUCAAUAUUCCUAUCACUGCUAAAAUUAGAGUAUUUAAGGAUGUGUCAAAAACGAUCGACUACGCUAAAAUGAUCAUAAAAUCCGGGGCUCAGUUAUUGACAGUUCAUGGGCGAUGUAGAGAACAGAAGGGACACCACACCGGUUUAGCUGAUUGGUCCAUCAUCAAAGCAGUGAGAGAUGCCAUUCCAGAUACUCCCAUCAUUGCCAAUGGGAAUAUUCUGUACCAUGAAGAUAUUCAGCGCUGUCUGGAUGCGACAGGCGCAGAUGGCGUAAUGAGUGCAGAAGGAGCACUAUUCAAUCCAGCCAUUUUCCAAAAAGAGAGAAAUAUGCCUCCCUUAGCGUAUGAAAUAGCGCUAGAAUAUUUGAAUAUCUGUAAAUCAGUCCAGCCAACAACUAGAGCAGAAGUGGUACGAGCCCACUUGUUCCGAUUGCUUCAUGCCAGUUUAAAGCAAAACGAAAAUCUACGUCCAUUAUUAGAUGGCUGUAAUUCUCUUGAUAUGAUGGAGCAGAUAGUUUGCGAACUAAAAAUUAGAAUGGAACGGGAAAGACUUCAAUGUACUGAGCUGCCCGUAAAAGGGGAUAUUCACCAAAUUAGGGAUUAUGCUCCCUGGAGAUGUCAGCCAAGGUUUCGACCCAAACUAAGCGUGGAUCACGAAGAAUUAAGGAAUAAAGAGAGAAGACAAAAAGCAUUAGCUGCAUUGGCAGCACUGAAAGCUGAAAGAGAACAUUUGGACGUUAACAAGUCACGGCAAGCUGCAAGACCAUGA